UGUAAUAAAGAAAUCAAAGCAAAUAGCGACAUUGGCGGACCGGGAGUCAUGGCUUCCUUUCUGAUAAUGUCGUGGCUUACUGUAUUUCUCGCAUUUUCUCCAGCACUCCAUGAAGCGCAGAACACCUCUGAGCAGCACAUUACGAACACAGAACCAGGAAUUGUCCAGAAGAUCGAGGCACUUUUCGGACCCUUGUGUGACCUCCAGGCAGUGUCAGGCGUCGCUAUCAUGAUUGCCGGUUUCGCUCAAUGGCAUACAAUAACGUUCUACCACGAACAGUUGGUCAUGUAUUACUGGUGGUUGACGUUGAACUCUUUCUGGGUCGCACGCAUCCACUAUAUGAACCUUGACUCGACCGGCGAACCGUGGCUACUACGUGUUAGACGUUUCUCUGUCCUGUUCAGCUGCAUCCUUGCCAUUAUUUGGCAGAUCCGCAUUUUUUACCGUGAAUCAAACUACUGGAAUGAUAUUGACGGCCCUUGUUAUCGCUUCCUAGAUGGAACGUCGGUAUGGCCUUGGGUGGGAGGACUAAUCUUGUUUUCCGUCGCAAUCGCGGCUCUGAGUGUUGUGAUUUAUUGGUUUCUGCUACAAUGGUUGGCUACAUGGUCCUACGGUGAUGGCUUCAUUCCGUUUACCUGGUUCAUAUAUGUCGGCCUCAACGUAUGGUAUACCUUGGAUGUGGUGUCUCUUUGGGCUUGGAAUAAGCCGCUGAUUAGUGCGGAGGAGCAAGGCUGGGGUUUUGGCCAGGUUCUUCCCCUUGUCUUGAUACUCUCAAUCGGUAUCAACGCACUGGACAUCUUUCGAGGUGAACGCCUCGAACACUUGACUCGGACUGCGGAGGUAGAUGAGACUGGUAAUUAG